AUGACUACAGCAGCUUGGAAAGGGUUCAUCCACUCGUGGCACACCUUGGGCAUUGUCCUAAAAUGGAUGUGCAUCACCGUGGUUGGAAUACCCUUUGCUAUUGCAACUUGUAUCCUCGUUGCCGCAGCCGUCUUGGCCUUCGCUCUCGCGUGCCUCGCAGUAGCAGCAGGAGCAUGUGCAGGCGUGUUCUACAUGCUGAAAGGGGCAUUAUGGGUCCUCUUACGAAUCCCUUUCUGGAUCAGCGAAUUCAGAAUCCAUCGUGCUGAGCGGAGGGUUUUCGUCCUCCCAGUAUUGCAGCCUCGACCAAUACAGCAAAUUCGACCGCGCCCUGGAGUUCGAGUGCCUAUAUUUCCAAGACGUCCAAUUGUACCUGGACCCCCUGGGACCAUCGUUCAUCCGCAAAUACCACCUCCAGCAUACGUAGCCCAAGCGGCUUCGACUGGAGGAGCAGCCGGCCCAGCUACAGCACUCCCUGGAACAAUGGAGUGCCAAGUCUGCUUGGAGCACAAAUUGCUUGACGAAUUCCCACAACGCAACCCCACGGAGACCUGUUCUCACGCCGUCGCGUGUUGCAUUCCCUGUCUCUCCCAAACUAUCACCGCAGCAUUUGAAGGGAGAAUGUGGUAUGAUAUCAGAUGCCCUAUCUGCAACAAUGAACUUAAGCAUGAAGACGUUGCUGAGUUUGCGACACAAGAUAUCUUCCAAAAAUACGACAAUCUCGCCACUCGCCGCGCCCUCGCAAGCCAACUACCCAACUUCCGAUGGUGUCCGGGGCCGAAAUGCGAGUACGGCGAAGAGCAUCCAGAUGAUCCUAAGCAUCCAAUGACAACCUGCACGUCGUGCGGAUUCAACUCAUGCUUUUACCACGAGACACCAUGGCACGAAGGAAUAACUUGCGAUGAAUACAACGCGAAGAUCGCAGUGGGUGCUGUAAAGGCAGAGAAGAAGAGUGAGAAGGUUAUUAAGAAGAUCGCGAAGAGAUGUCCUGGUUGUCAGCGGUAUAUUAAUAAGAAUGGUGGAUGCUCACAUAUGAGUUGUCCUUGUGGGAAACACUUCUGUUGGACUUGUCUGCAUGAUUAUCCUGGUCAUGCGUGGACCUGCAAAGAACGAAUUUGA